AUCUCUCCUCAAAAAGAGGGUGGGAAAGAGAUGGAGCUAGAGCCUAGAGGCCGGCCAUAACUUCCGAGUCUGUUACCGCCAUCCUGGCGUCCCUCGAUCUAUUCGUGAUUUAGAUUUCUCCAAAUCAUCCGCCGGCCAAUUUACGUUCUUCCUUUCUUCCCCUCCGGCGACGGUGAAACAACUGCAUACCUACAUCUUCAAGUCGGAACUAUACGCCGUGCGGCGGCUUUCCAUGAAACAGAGAAUCCCACUUACGGAAAGCUUGCAGGUGAGGAAAUAGAGGAUUGUCUAUAUAUCAUUUGGAGCUAGCUAAGAAGAGGAGAAAUGGCUGGUGGGCAGGAUAUUAUGCUCUCAGCAUCCAUAAACCUUCUAUCUGCAAUUGCAUUCUUAGUGGGGUUUGCAAUUUUAAGGCUGCAGCCCUUCAAUGAUAGGGUAUACUUCCCAAAAUGGUAUUUGAAGGGCAUACGAGCAAGCCCGAGAAGUUCGGGGCCCCUCGUGCGGAAGUUUGUGAAUCUGGAUGCAAGGACAUAUAUAAGGUUCUUGAACUGGAUGCCCGCUGCACUAAAAAUGCCUCAACCUGAACUUAUUGACCAUGCAGGCCUCGAUUCUGCAGUCUACAUUAGGAUUUACCUUCUUGGAUUGAAAAUAUUUGUUCCCAUUACAAUUCUUGCAUUUGCUGUCUUGGUUCCUGUUAAUUGGACGGGUGAAUCAUUGCAGAAUCACAAGGACAUAACGUACAAUGACAUUGAUAAACUUUCAAUCUCAAAUAUUGAUUCUGGAUCAGCAAGGUUAUGGGCACACAUAACAAUGGCUUAUAUGUUUACAUUUUGGACCUUCUAUGUUCUCUACAAAGAGUACAAAAUUGUCUCCACCUUGAGGUUGCAAUUCCUUGCUUCUGCAGAUCGCCGUCCUGAUCAGUUCACUGUCCUUGUGAGAAAUGUCCCUCCUGACCCUGAUGAAUCUAUUAGUGAGCACGUUGAACACUUCUUCUGUGUAAACCAUCCACAUCAUUACCUUUUACACCAGAUUGUAUACAAUGCAAACAACCUUGCAACACUGGUGGAGAAAAAGAAGACUAUGACAAACUGGCUUACUUACUACCAAACAAAGUAUGAGAGAAACCCUAAAACAAAGCCAAAAACAAAGACAGGACCUUGGGGCCUUGUGGGAACAACUGUUGAUGCCAUUGAUUAUUACACUUCUGAAAUAAAGAAGUUGAGUGAAGAAGAAGAUGUAGAAAGAGAGAAAGUGUUGAGUGAUCCAAAGGCAAUAAUGCCCGCGGCGUUUGUUUCAUUCUCGUCUCGAUGGGGAGCAGCCGUGUGUGCCCAAACACAGCAAACAAGUAACCCGACCAUCUGGCUGACCGAAUGGGCUCCCGAACCGCGUGAUGUCUAUUGGAACAAUCUUUCCAUCCCAUAUGUUGAACUCAACAUCAGAAGGUUGCUCAUGGGAGCUGCUUUCUUCUUCCUCACCUUCUUUUUUAUGAUCCCCAUUGCAUUCAUUCAGUCUCUUGCCAGCAUUCAGGGCAUUGAAAAGGUCUUUCCUUUCUUGAAGAAAUUGAUUGAAAUGGAUAUUGUGAAGUCUUUUAUUCAGGGGUUUCUUCCAGGAAUUGUGCUAAAGAUAUUUAUGAUUGUACUUCCAACAAUUCUGAUGACCAUGUCUAAAAUAGAAGGCUUUACAUCACUUUCAUCUCUAGAGAGAAGAUCGGCCGGAAAAUAUCAUUUGUUUAUAUUUGUGAAUGUAUUUCUUGGAAGUAUUAUCACUGGAGCAGCAUUUGAGCAACUCAAGACUUUUAUGAAUCAGUCACCAACCGAGAUCCCAAAAACGAUUGGGGUAGCUAUUCCAAUAAAGGCAACAUUCUUUAUUACCUACAUAAUGGUAGAUGGUUGGUCUGGCAUUGCUGCAGAGAUCAUUAGAUUAACGCCACUAAUAAUGUUUCAUAUAAAGAACAGUUUUUUGGUGAAGACAGAGAGGGACAGGGAGCAAGCCAUGGAUCCUGGUUCUAUAACUUUUGCUACCUCAGAACCUCGUAUUCAACUUUAUUUCCUCUUGGGCCUUGUUUAUUCUGUCAUCACUCCCAUACUCCUUCCUUUCAUUGUUCUCUUCUUUUCCUUUGCCUAUCUGGUUUUCCGCCAUCAGAUCAUCAAUGUUUAUGAUCAGAAGUAUGAGAGUGGUGCUGCAUUUUGGCCAGACGUGCAUCGACGAAUAAUCAUAGGCAUGAUCACAUCCCAAGUUCUGCUUAUGGGACUAAUGAACACCAAAGGCAUUCCCACUUCAACUCCUGUCAUACUUGUUCUCCCUGUUUUAACUAUAUGGUUCCACCAUGUCUGUAAGGGCCGAUUUGAGUCUGCCUUUGUCAAGUACCCAUUACAGGAUGCAAUGGUGAGAGACACGUUAG